AUGGCCUCAAGAACGCUCAUCCGUCGCGUAGCCGGUGCAUCGUCAGCCUGGCGAUCAAUACCAAGACUCCGACCUGAUCCUCUGCUAUCAACCCCGCUCCAAAGCCGCUUCGCCAGUUCAUACUCUGGGUACUCAGAAGACCGUGCACCGUACAAGAAAGGCGAAAGUGUGGGCAACAAACCAUUCAGUCGGUUUGAUGUUGCUGGCAAGGUUUUCGUCGUCACAGGUGGUGGCCGAGGGCUAGGGCUGUGCAUGGCAGAAGGUCUUGUCGAGGCUGGCGGAAAGGUGCAUUGCCUCGAUCGUUUGGACCAUCCCGACCCAGCAUUUGGGGAUUCUGCCGAACGAAUGAAGCGGGAAUUUGGAGGUGAAUUGGUCUACCAUCAGGUGGACGUAACCGACGAAGUCGCGCUCGAGAACAUCGUUGCACACAUUGCAGCAGAGAGACAACGACUAGAUGGACUCAUUGCCGCGGCUGCGAUCCAGCAAGUUACGCCGGCGCUGGACUACUCGGCAGGCGACAUCGCCAAGAUGCUGUCGGUCAAUUACACAGGAGUCUUCCUUUCCGCACGCGCUUGUGCACGCCAGAUGCACAAGUACAAGAUCGAGGGCUCGAUUUGCCUAAUUGCGUCGAUGAGCGGCUCCAUCGCCAACAGGGGAUUCAUCGCGCCUGUAUACAACUCCUCAAAGGCGGCAGUGGUACAGCUGUCCAAGAAUCUUGCCAUGGAAUGGGGUCGCAAGAACCCAGAUGGCUCGGGAGGAAUUCGUGUCAACUCGCUAAGCCCUGGACAUAUUGUGACGCCAAUGGUCGAGGACAACUUCAGAAAAGGCGAGGCAGACAGGGGUGAGUGGGAGGAUAAUAACAUGCUAGGUCGGCUCAGUACUCCGGAGGAGUACAAGGCGGCAGGACUGUUCCUGCUCAGUCGGGCGAGCAGUUACAUGACCGGUUCCAAUAUGAUCAUGGAUGGUGGUACCACAGCUUGUUGCUCGCCUAGAGAAUUGCCUACACCAACCUUGUUUGGAGCAUCAAUUCUCUCUGUCGAUGCCGUUCAGGUCAACAGUUCGACCGAUCCGACUACAAGCAUAGAAUUCUGCAAUGUUUCAAUCAACUACACACAUCCGGGCCAGAACGAUCGAAUACACGUCUCUUUGUGGCUUCCCAACAUGUGGAACGGCCGCUUUCAGGGCGUCGGAGGGGGCGGUUGGACAACGAAUGCAGACCUCGAAGACAUGGUCAGCGCAGUGUCCCAGGGCUACGCCGCCGCCACCACAGACGGAGGGCACACCAGCACCACGAACACUUCUUCCUGGGGUUUGUUGAGCCCUGGGAGCGUCAACCUCUACCUUCUUCAAGACUUUGCAUCUGUCUCACUGAACGAUAUGACCGUCCUCGGCAAGCAGUUGACUGAAGCCUACUACGGCAGAUCAAUAUCGAAAUCAUACUGGAAUGGAUGUUCUACUGGAGGACGACAAGGUCUGAUGAUGGCGCAGAGAUACCCCCAUGCGUACAAUGGCAUUCUUGCCGAGGCGCCAGCAAUCAACUGGGCAGAAUUCAUUCCGGCAGAAUUUUGGCCCCAGCGUGUCAUGCAUGAAGCCAACUACUUUCCAAGCCAGUGCGAGUUCAGCGCCAUCAUCAAUGCCACUAUUGAAGCAUGCGACGAGCUCGAUGGCCUAAAAGACGGUGUCAUCGGGAUGAUUGGGCAUUGCGACUUCGAUCCCAGCAGUGUCAUUGGCCAGGCAUACUCUUGUGGUGACUCGACGGGCCAUGUAACACAGCAAGCCGCUGCCAUUGUCAAAUCCAUCUGGACCGGAGCCCGAAACGCCAAUGGACGAUUUCAAUGGUACGGACUCGCCCCUCAAGCGCCGCUCAGCGGCCUAGCCAACACCACAUGCUCCUCCAACGGAACCUGCAUAGGUGUCCCUUUCGCCAUCUCCAAGGACUGGUAUCAGGUCUUCCUCAAGAAGAACCUAACCUUCGACCCCUACAACAUAACGCAAGGAAAUUGGGACGCGACCUUCCACCUUUCCACAAACGAGUACACUUCCAUCAUCGGAACAAGCGACCCCGAAUUAACCCAAUUUAACAAGGCAGGAGGCAAAAUGAUCACUUGGCACGGUAUGGCGGAUCAAUUAAUCUUCUUCAAUGGUACGGUGGAUUAUUACGAGCGUGUGCUUGACCUUGAUCCAAAGGCAAAGGAUUAUUAUCGCUUCUAUGCAGCGCCUGGCGUGGGUCAUUGUCGUGGAGGAGUGGGUGCAAUUCCCUCGGAUCCACUUAAGCAACUGGUUCAGUGGGUGGAAGAGGGCCAAGUUCCGGAGACGUUGAUAGCGAACAGGACGGUAGAGGGGCAGAGCAAGCGCGACCCUCGGACGUGGACCCUUCUCCUCCUCGCGCCCCUCGCCGCCGCCCUCAAAUUCGACCUCCACGCUGUAAACAGUCACGAGGCGGCCAAGCACGAGCGCUGCAUCAGGAACUUUGUUGCAAAGGACCAGCUCGUCGUUGUGACGGCGAUUCUGGAUGGACACCGUGGCGAUGGACAGACGGUGAAUAUGCAUAUUCGCGAUGCCAUGGGCAACGACUACCACAAGCCCAAGGACGUCUAUGGGGAGAACAGAUACGCUUUCACAUCGCACGCCGACUCCGCAUUCGACGUGUGCUUUGAGAGCAUCAUAACUGGGCCACCCCAGGGCAACCUCAAUCCCACGCGCCACGUUGAGCUUGACAUCGACAUCGGCGCCGACGCAAAGGACUGGUCUGCGAUCCAAGCCGGCGAGAAGCUCAAGCCCGUCGAAGCCGAACUGCGCCGUAUCGAGGAGGUCGUUGGCGAGAUCGUCGUAGAGAUGGAUUAUCUAAGGAGCAGAGAACAAAAGCUGAGGGAUACGAAUGAGAGCACGAAUGAACGGGUGAAAUGGUUUGGUUAUUUGACAAUGGGGAUGCUGGUUAGUUUGGGGGCGUGGCAGGUUGUGUACCUGAGGAGCUAUUUUAGAAGUAAGCAUCUCAUCUAG